AUGUCAUCCUCUGUUCACUUCAAGUUCAAGUCUCAAAAAGAGCCUUCAAGGGUAACUUUCGACGGGACCGGUAUUUCUGUUUUUGAAUUGAAACGUGAAAUUAUCAAUCAGAGUAGAUUGGGCGAUGGGUCGGACUUUGAAUUGUCUAUCUACAAUGAGGAUACAGGCGAAGAGUAUGAUGAUGAUACCACAAUUAUUCCCCGUUCCACUUCUGUCAUCGCUCGGAGGUUGCCUGCCUCACGGCCUGGCAAAGGCGGCGCUGCUCGUUAUGUAUCCGGGAAAAUGCCCGUUAGCGCUCGCAGCACGCCUCGUAAUGAUGCUUCAAUAUCGACCCGAGCAAUAUCAAAUACUAGCAAUGCACUGAGCAGCAGCGUUUUAGAGCUCAAUAAUGCGCAGACAGAGGAGGAGAAGAUCAAUGCUCUUUUCAACUUGCAAGCUAGCCAAUGGAAAGAGCAACAACAGGAGAUGGCAAAUGCUACACCUGUACCCUUCGGUCGUGGGAGGGGAAAGGCCGUCAAUGUCCCUGAUCACCCGCCGCCUCCUGGAUAUCUUUGCUACCGCUGUCGGGAAAAAGGCCAUUGGAUCCAAGCGUGUCCGACCAACAAUGAUCCAAAAUUCGAUGGCAAAUACCGAGUGAAGCGAUCUACUGGUAUACCACGCUCGCUCCAGACGAAGGUUGAGAAGCCGGAAUCGUUGGCGCUUGAUGGGUCGAAUGAAGAUCUUCGAAAUACAGGUGUCAUGGUUAAUGCUGAUGGUGAUUUCGUCAUUGCGAAGCCAGACAAAGCAGCUUGGGAGUUGUACCAGGAGAAGGCCAAAGCUUCUUCAGCAGCGGCAGCAGAAGCGGCGGCAGCAGAGUACAGCAAAGAAUUGCAGUCGUGGGGUUUGGAGUGCCCUAUUGAUAAACAAGGUGUUUUGCUUGACAAUCUUUCCGUGGAUGAUGAGGCUGUUUCGAAAAUAAAAGCCUAUGAGGAUGAAAAGGCGGACUCGAGAAAAGAAACGCAGAAAAAUCUCGCAGUACAUGAUAGCCCAUCCAACAGUAAAGGGUCUGAUUCAGAGAAGAAUGUCGCCGCAAAAAAGGAGCUAUCAUCAUUGUCGUCAGUCAACGGCGCUUUGGACUCGGCUUCGAAGAAACGACCAGCAGACGAAAACCCCCUGAGCACCGACCACGAAAGAUCGAACUUGAGCCCGUCGCACAAAAAGCAAAAAGCCGAUCCCAUUGCUCAGGCGGCCACCGGGUCGACAAAUCCACAAACCCAAGAUUCUUCGAAUGAAGUCUCAUCCAUCACCCACGACCAACCAAUGCCUUUUGGUUUUGGCUUUAUGAAUCCACAAAGCAUGCCUACAAUGCCGUUCACUGAGACUGGGUUCAUUGGCGGAGGAAUGGGGUUUAUGAAUCCUUUGGGCCUACCUGCAAAUGGCUUCCCGAAUAAUAUGAACCAAGCAUGGAAUCCAAUGAAUACUCUGGGAUUCGAUCCCCGUCAAGACGGCAUAUAUGGCAGUCAACAGAAUGGUGCAAUGAAUGGCUACGGUCAAGCAAACAUAUACUCCAACAUGGGGAAUGCCUCGAUGCAGAUGAUGGGCUUGAACCAGAUGGCGGGGCCGAUGCCCCAAAAUGCGGGUUUUCAGCAGGGACCAGGCGAGCACAGUGGUAUCCCUGAGGUCCCCUCAGGGUCAAAAUCCCCCUCUUCAAGUCCUCCCCGCUCGCUACCCGUUCCUUCGCCCAUGGGGAGCAGCUGGCCGGGCAAUCAAUUGCCUGAAUAUAAAGGGGAGGCAACGUAUACCAUUCCGGAAGAGUGUGAGAGGCUCUUCUGCGACAAAUUGUCCGCGAUUUUCAUUGGUGAGAUGAAGUUCGCGCAGCAAGAGUCGCCUGGGAUGGAUGCGUACCAAAGCCGGCCGAACUGGACCGGACGUGAAAAAAGGUCAAUUCGAAACUGGGUCGAAGUUUGGGACUACGUUGGCGACGCAAUUUAUCGAGGUUUUUUGACUGAUAUGAAUGAUGAGCGGACAUUGUUCUUGUUCUUCAAAAACAGUGUGCUAGGCCACAACCUCAAAGCUGGGUCAUCCCUUGCAUACUGGCACUUUGGUGGUUUGGCUGCUGGGAUAGUCUAUGACCUCAGUGUGAUUAGACGCAAAGUCAAACUUGGCAAAGGGUUCACUGGUCGUCAUGGCCGCGCAUACCUCGUUUCCGCGGAGCCUACCGCCAGUGCUGUCUCUGUGAGCGGGUCGUCUUCACCGACUGAAUCGCUCCCCAACACUGUGAUACAGAGACCAGUUCCACGUCAAUUCGUCACCGGACUUCAUACAGUUAGAGACAUCAGUUGCGCGUUCUGCGGCAAUGUGCUCGGCUGGAAGUAUAUCUCCGCCGAGGAAGAGUCCCAGCGAUAUAAGGUCGGCAAGUUUAUUUUGGAAACAAACCGAAUAACUACGUCGUCAUCAUGGGAGUCACCAUGCGAUACUGAUCAACCCGUAUCGCCUGGCUUCCUGAGCUCUGCGCCGUCAGAAAACAUAAACCGCGAUGAGCACAUCGAAUUUGACAGCCAGGACGAGGACGAGUGUGAAGACAUAUUUGCUGGGAUAUGGAGUCCGAGUUUGGCUGUGCGCCGAAGAAGCCGAAAGUUCGAUCGCCGUCUCCCGUUUUUUGGGUUCCCACCUUGA